UUAAAGGUUUUUGUAUUGUAGAUGAAGCUGCUAGUGAAAGCGGCGCAGGCUGCAGUGAAGCAAAGACCUAGCCAGAGACACUUUUGGGGCUGGCUCAAUGCAGUUUUCAAUAAAGUGGACUACGAGCGUAUCAAGGCCGUGGGUCCCGAUCGGGCAGCAUCAGAGUGGUUGCUGAGGUGCGGUGCCAAAGUACGCUUCCUGGGUUUGGAUCGCUGGCACGGUGACUACAACGCACUUCCCACCGGACCCCUGGGACGCUUUAAGAUCCAAGCUAUCGACGCCACUGACUCGUGCAUCAUGUACCGAGGCUUCGAUCAUCUCGAGGGUUUGCAGCACGUGGAGGAGGUGAAGCUCAACAAGUGCAUGUACAUCGAGGACGCGUGUUUGGAGCGGCUCAGCUCACUAGAAAACCUGCAGCGUAGUGUCUUCAUGUUGGAGGUGGUGUCAUGUGGGAACGUCACGGACAAGGGCCUUAUUGCUCUGCACAAACUCAGGAACCUGGAGUAUCUGUUCCUCAGCGACCUGCCGGGGAUCAAAGACAAACAGAACACAUUGGAAAGCUUAAAGACAGCACUCCCGCGCCUCGACAUCCACGUAGACCUGGACUAA